UUUCCAUAGAGGGAAAUAUUAAUUAAUUUGAUUAGUUAUUAUUAUCAUCCCUCUGUUUGUUUUCAGCAUAUUUUGUUAAUUGGAAAUACAUGCAACUGCUGGGGAACUUCUUGAGGCGCCAGCAUGGAUUAGAAACUGUGUAGAAGUUUGUGCUCUAUGCCAAAAAAUUAAGUACAGUGUAUAUCAAUGUAUAUAAAUGUAUACAUGUUGUCUAUUCUUAAAUGCAAACGUGCACUGGCCCUAUAAUUUCCUCCUUGUAAAUAAAAAUAAAGAUUGAUGAGAACAUUAUUGAGUAGGGAAAAUUUUCAUUUUUGUACUUUUUCAAUAUAAAUUUGAACUUGAAUUUUAUUUGAUUGAGUUUCUUGACAGUAUUGUCUUGGGUUUUUAAAUUAUUCUAUGUCAUCCAAGUAGUAAAAAAUCUGGCUCUUUGUUCAAGGGAUUAUUUAGAAUGUUAACUUAUAGAUGUCUGAAAACACAGAAUGAACAAUUUAAUACCAAGUUUAGGGUAAUCUUGAUUAUGAACAAUUUAGAAGAACAUAAUCAAAGGAUGACUAAAUAUUAACAUACCAAACAAUCGAGGGUGAAGCCUGGUUACUGACUGAAUUUGGUUUAAGCUCAUCAGCUCUAGUCCUAUCCUAAAUGAAUUGCUAGGAGGUCCUAACAUCAUGCCUCCACAAUUUAGUCGAACAAUUUGGAUUCCCAAAAAAUCUAACCCGAAGGCUCUCAGAUCACGUACAAAUGUCAUACAAGUUGCUUUGAAUGGAACACCUAGCCAGGAAGUUCUGGCCCAACUUGAACAAGCAAAGAAAGAGAACAAAGAAAAAGCUAGUUAUACCUUGGAUCAGCUUAUAAGUAGGAGUUCUAGAUUUGUUGCAAAGUUCCCAUGUGCUAAUGUCAAGGUGGAAAGUAUCAUGCAUAAGCUGGGAGUGCCAGGAGAGGUGCUGGAAAAGCACAUGCUGUCGGUGUACCCUAUCAUCCACCACAUGUGCCUCAACCUCCUCGUUGACUUCCUCCAGUACAAAAAGCUUCAUGGAUCCUCCAUUGAAAAAUCCCUCUAUGCUUCGAUGGACAUCUUGGCCUUCGUGGAUCGGCUGCUCAAGAGGCGACCCAUGAGCUUCCUGGGCGCCAAUGACCGCUACCUCUUGCCACCUCCUCAUCGUAAGAGAGGAUCUGGUGGCUUUGAAGCAGUCGGCACUACCAGAGAGAAACACCCUUUAAGUCUUGUAAAUUAUUUGUCCUAUGACGAGAUGAAGGUUUCUGCUCUGCUUUCAAUGUCUAGUUGGUCUUGCUUCAUCAAUAACGGCCGACGAAAGAACUAUGGUGCUCUGGACGCGAGAGGAACAUUUGAAGAAGAAGGCGUGAUUGUGGGGCAAGUUGGUGCUCGACUUAAAAGAGAACGCGUCAUGGAGUAUGCUGAUUGUGUUGUGACAUCUAGUCAGAACCGUCCGGAGCUUGGUUAUGGUAAUACAAAAUCUCCUCACAUUAAUUAUGUCUGGGGUAAAUUCUGGGGAGGCCCACUUCCAACUUACCGAGAUGCUAACGCGGUUUUGCAAAUGCAGCCACAUGAACAUCAGUCAUCCCCUUUCGAGUACGCUGCUUUUGGCGGUAACAGUAUCUUCAACAUCACGGUGUACAAGAAGAGAAUUGCCAUCACUGCCGAGAUUUUGUUGUGUGAGGCCAACAGCCGCGCGCAGGCCUGCGGCAAGAAAGCCUAUGUGCACGUCGUGGGUCUUGGACUCGGCGUGUGGCGCGCUUUUGAAGAACAGGACGAACUCUUCAUUGAAGCUUGGGGCGAUGCUCUCAGGAAUCUCAACCGCUUGACACACAUUGCUUAUGUGGAUUUCAGUUACAUAGGCUGCUCAUCAAUGUAUGGUACUUUGCACAAUGAGAAGUUCCCAGGCAGUGACGUAGUAAUCAGGUUCUCAAAACGGAACUUGCAUGACAAAGUGCCUCAUGGCUGCAUUCUCGUUUGCAACUAUGCCUGGGACGGUAAUUCUCUUCCCGGCAACGAGUUUUGGAUGGAUAAAUUAUGUUCGACUGGUGACAGUGCAGCAGCUUGCUCAUCUUGCAUCGCCGAGCUUCACAACCACCACAUCAACCCCGCAGUAUCGGGCCAGGCUCUACGUGUUGCUGUCAAAGAAGGGCGCGUGAUUACAUGGGCGGAGUAUGCAAAGCGCGAAAGUUUUCGAAAGUAUCGUGAGUCAAGCGACUCUGGUAACAGUAAAUCAUCGUCGUCAUCUAAAGACCAAAACGAGUCCUCCGUAACGUCCAUUUCCGUCAAGCAUCAUGUCAGUAGUAAACGAAGCUCGGUGCCUGAAGCAAGCGCUGCAGCACCUCCCAAGAAGAAGAUCAAAAUUGACCGCAAAUCAUUUAGUAAAUGAAGUAAAUUUGUGUGAUGUGUGACUUGCCAUUGUGCCUUUUUAGAAUUUUCGUAUUAUCGAGUGUUUUUUAGUUUAUUAUAUGGAUAUGAUUUAUCGUUGCCUAUUUUGAUGUUUGGUAAGAACACAGGUAUCUAUUUAUUUCAAAAAUCACCCAGUAAUGAAUAUUAAUUUUUAUGAUCUUACCACAAUGAAAUUUGUGGUCGAAAUUUCAAUGAACUGAAUUGGUUCUCAGCAUUACGAGCUUUUUGCAAUUUUCUAGCUAACUAGAAGCUCAUAAUCCUUAUACUUUUAUUUAUAGAUUAAGCAAAUGUAUAUUAAUUUUGAUCUCUGUGAUACCACGCACCAUGUUUGGUGUGGCUGGCAACUACGAUUAACUUGUUAUUACUUUAGAACCCUCAAAAAGCGGCAUUUCUCGGGAUCCUUGCGUCCGUUUCUACUGAAAAAAUUAGGGGUAACUUGUUUAGGCAUAAAUCAAAUUUCCAAAAACUAAGUAUUGGAAUAUCCUUAGGCAGUACACUUUUUACUUUUGAGAAAUAUGCCUUAAAUGUUCAAAAUGGAAAUCAUAUUUGUUACUGCUGUAGUUUAGAAGUGCGAACUUGACUUUUUCUAAUGAACAUAUUUUCAAUAUACGUACGACUAGUGUUUUGCCGGUUCUGAAUUGAUGCUCUCAAACUUCACCCAUUAGCUUUGCUAGUUAUGGCAGAUUUUAUAUGCAUAUUCAUAUGCUGAUUUAUGAAGAGGACUCGUGAGCAAUUAUAACUGAUCAAGUCACUAAUAACUUC